CAUCCCGAAUCCCCUGCACUUUUGGUUCCAGACUUACCCCCCCAAUCUUCGUGCUUCUCUGCAUUCCUAUCCUCUUCAGGGCACAUCAACAUCCUCUUACCUUCAUCGAUUCAUUUUCGACCUUGACUUUGCGCCUGGUCUUCUGCUCCUUGAUCCCGGUUUAGAAGCCCGGUUCGCACUCGGUCCCCGCGCGACAUCAUGCUUCAAACCUUGGCUGGAUCUUUCUCAUACGUCCGCCUGAAGUAUUGACCGGCGUGGUUCAUCGCCUUCCCAAAUCGCAAAAUAUAUCCAGCCAAUUCUCAUCCAAAGAAUCUUUUCCGGAUCCAAGAAAUACCACGUGACCGGCUGUUAAUUCUCUCGGCGAUUCGACUGGUGUGCUGUGGCGUUACUCUUCCAGGAACCAUCUAUCGUGGGAGAAAAAGACCAUGGAGACGCCUGGGUUUUCCCAGCUUGAUGAGGGCCUGUCGCAGGGCGAUAUCCCCCUUCGUCCUCAUACCGAUGGUCCAUCUAUUGUCGUGCCUACCGCGCAUCCGCCGGCUCUUCCGGGCACCUCGUCGCAUAACCCUCAGAAACCCAGAUUGGCCACCCGUCCCGCGCAUGCCGAGAAGAAACAGCUUCCCUCCACGGGGAGCAGCAAAGUCGCCAUCCCUCGACAGCGUUCGGCUGCAGCCCCGCGAUAUACCAGACGUGUCCCGCUGGCGUGUGAGUCGUGUAGGCAACGGAAGACGAAAUGUAGUGGUGAUACGCCCGUGUGUCGGCAGUGCAAGGAGUUGAGGAUAAGUUGUCGGUAUCCGAUCUCUUGGCGAGAGCGGACGAAAGGGGAACUGGAUAAACUUGCUGUGAGAGUCACGGACUAUGAGAACUUACUGCGAGAUCUUGGUACUAUUGUCGAUGGUCGGGCUGCGGAGCGUAUUAGGACGGUGUUGGAAAAGCACUCCUAUAGCGGCAGCGGUAGCGGCGAAGGCACUCAGUCCAGCUCGGUGACACCCCAGGACGAAGACAACGAUGAUGAGGUGACCUCUCCUUCGUCCAUCGGAUCUUUGGAUGCGAUCGAUCGGGUUGAGGAAGAUGUGAACCGCACUCCGAGUUCCAGAGCCACUGGUUAUAUGGGGAAGAACUCCGAAGUUACUUGGAUGCAGCGGGUGCGCAUGGAGGCCGAACAUCGUGCUCGCAAACUGCCGGGCCCCUACGAGGCAGAACAUGAGGGCGAAUUUGCCAUUCACUCCGUCAACUACCAUCUAGACGACAUGGAUAUCUCGGUGCCAGGUCCUGUGCAUGUGUACUGGAUGCCGCCGCGCAAAGUGGCAGAUAAAUUCUUCGAAGACUACCUCGAUACGGUCCACCCAUUCUAUCCUAUCAUCAGCCGGACCCUCUUUCGGGCGCAAUACAAAACGUUCUUUGAGAGCGCUGCACGGCCAGGGGACAAGUGGUUGGCUAUCCUGAACAUGAUAUUCGCCAUUUCCGCCAAGCAUGCACAUCUUACGCGGGCCCCGUGGCGGGGUGAUGAGAAUGACCAUCUGGUGUAUCUGACGCGAGCUCGGAUUUUGAGCAUGAACGGCGAUGUGCUUUUUAGUCACCCCGAUCUCCAGCAGGUGCAGGUCGAAGGUCUGAUCGCCUACUAUCUACUUGCGUCGGACCAGAUCAACAGGGCUUGGCGAAUUGCCGCAUUGGCCGUUCGUUCCGCAGUCACUCUCGGGUUGAACAUGAAGAACUCCAGCGAGGGAACGGCCAACAUAUCCAAGGAGGCACGCUAUAGGGUGUGGUGGUGUCUAUACACAUUCGAGCACAUGCUGGGCAUCAUGACUGGUCGAGCUACGACCAUUACCGACGGUAUCUGUACCACACCCUUCCCUCUCCCCUUUGAAGAAGAUCAAUUGGUGGAAGCCGCAGCGACCAAGCUUUUGAACGAGCCCGAACUACGCCAGGAAUACAUUGAUACGGCCCUCGCCUGCAUCUCUGUGCGGCAAAUGCCAUCUAAUCCCAAAGGGGGUCGAAACGCUCAGACGACAGAUAAACCGCGUGAUCCGGCAUGGCUGAGAAGCCUUCCGCCCUCAAGUGCUCUUGGAUUCCUGUACUACGUCGACCUUGCAGUUAUUUCACAGGAGAUUGUCAACCGUGUGUACUCACUGGAUUGCGUUUCCAUUCCAUGGGGCCACAUUGAGAACCGCAUUGGUGAGCUGCGAGCCCGUACUGACGUGUGGUACGCCAAUCUCCAUGAGUCCUAUGAUUUCACUCGACGGGAAGACCAGCCAGCAGAUACCUUGCGUGGCAAGCUAUUCCUCGCCUUCCACUACUACAGCGCGCGCAUUACGCUCGGACGACCGUGUUUAUGUCGCCGUGACGCACGACAGACGGCGUCUAACAAGAAGGAGACAUUCAGCCAUGAGAUGGCGGUGAUAUCAUUAGACUCUGCCCGAAAGAUGCUCGACUUGAUCCCUGAUGUGCCUGACGCUGUUCGUCUCUACGAUAUCUGCCCGUGGUGGUGCAUUCUGCACUAUCUUAUGCAGGCAACGACCGUGCUGCUGUUGGAGUUGUCUUUUGGCAGUAUUCAUAUGCCAGAUGAGGAGGCAAAUUUCCUACACGCCGCCAAAAAAGCCAUUCGCUGGCUCUUCGCAAUGUCUGAGAACAGUCUUGCAUCUCGACGCGCAUGGGAGUUAUGUUAUGGCAGCCUCCGGCAGAUUGCUGCAGGUAUGAGCUACGACAUUAGCGACUUGCCCGCGUGUGGCUUUGAGGCUCAGCCUCGGACCCAGGAUCAGGGCCAGGCGCUCAACGGUACACAACCUGGCUAUCCGAACCAGCCGGAACAGUCCAUACACGCGGGACCAACCUUCUACAACCCUGCGGCAUCAGAUAUGAACAAUCCAGCCUCAGCUCCUCUUCAGAUGAACCAGCAACACAACAUGUUGUUCGCUCAGAUCGACCAGCCUUUCCAGGGCUUGGCGAUGCCAGCUUCCAACCCGUUGUCCACGAAUUCGGAGUUGAACUCCGGUCCCGGGGACUCGUAUUUCCCGUACGAUCCGAUCAGCGGGGAAUUCAUCCGCUCAUUCUUCCCUUCCUCUACCGAUGAGGAACCAUGGGGUGAAACCUUUCGUUUCCCUCCAACAGCUCCCCCCCAAGUCGCCGGUUAUCGCCAGGCCCACGCCUUGUCCGCUCAGCUCGAGGAAUGCCGACCCAUCUCAACGAUUAGACAUGCGCCACAGAACGUCCGUCCGACGGUCACAUCGAGAUUUGGAUUUCCUCCGCCCGCAGGUCUCCUCCGCUACCUCCUCCGUCGUGUCAUGAAAAGGUGCCUGAGUCCAGCUCGUCUGCCGUGCCUGGACCGCGGAUCUUCCUCCGUCCUCCACCCUUCGAUCCUCCGUCGUCUCGUCCCCCGACACACACUCGCGUCCGCAAGCCGGGGACCUUUCCCCGAUAGGCGACGACAAUGGAGUCGCCAAUUCUCCGUCGGGGCCGGUCCUCCGAUCAAUCGCCAAUUGCUGCAAGACUAUGUUAGGGUGGAAAUGAAGAGAUGUCCUAUCGCAGGACCAGAUCAGAGUAAUCCGGAGGCUUGGAUCGCAAGGCUGGAUCAGUACCUGCCAUCUUCGUUGCGGAGAGAUAGCGACAGUGGUCAUACAAACAUUAACGGUGUUUCGGAUGACAAUGUGGUUGGGACUGAUACAGCGGCUUAUUUUGCGCAGACGAUUGAAUUGGCCAAUUUACUGCUGCAUGCGCGGGAUUCCGGGAAGAUGGAUUUGCUAGUGUAUGUUGGUUUCCGGUUGAAUAAUUGGCCCGCUGUGCAGUUCUUGAUUAAUCGUUUGCUUGAUGCCGCGGACUCUCUCAAGGAGGUUACGAUACCUUCUAGGCCUUUGUCUAGCUAUGAUUGGGGUCUGGGACAGGGGCUCUCGCUGGAUGAGCUUACGGAUAGGUCUGAGUCGCAGGCUCCGAAAAUUCCGCAGGUGGCUUCGAAUGGUCUGCUGGUGUCGGAUAUGACGAGCUUGGAUGCUUUCACGGAGCGGCCGUAUGCGGAUGACCAUUCGAAACGAUUUAUGGCUGAGGUGUGGCAGAGCUUAGGGUCUAUCGUGCUGGAGGCUGCUGAUGCUUCGUCUAACGAGUCGAAGCUGGCUAUGUCUCAUGUGUUUCAGAUUCUAGCUCGGCUGCACCAUUCUGAUGCUAUCUCCGAUAGGGUGUAUAAGUACGUCCCGCCGGAUAGUUACCAAGCUACGUUCCGACCUCCGGGACUGCAUCUGCUUUCCAGUCAUAUCAUGAGUGUCCUGUCUGACGCUGCGUGGCUGGUUCAUGAAGCGGAGGUUGCUGCCAAAGCGGCUGCUGCUGGCGAGGAUUCGCCUUAUCUUCCAUUCAAGAUGGGUGUUCGUGAGCUCGGGCCUGAGAUCUGGCUGGAGUUUAUUCUCUGGUGCUGUGUCGAACAUGGUCACAUCGAGGAGGGCGUAUGGCUAAUUGAUCGAAUGACAAGCAAGACUGGAGAUCAGGCCUGGAAAUUCCAGAGCUGGAAGCCUUUACUCGACGACUCUGGGUCGGUCUGGCAGACCAAAGUCGAUCAGGAAGAGACCUGGCGACAGCCCGGCCACCAGGAGCGCUCUACGAUGCUGCGAAAGCGGCAUAGUCCGACGCCUUUCCACGGGCUCGGAAAGCGAACCAUGAGCACUGAAGUGGCCGCGGCCUUGCUGGAUAGCCUUCCCAAUCAGGUAUAUCUAGGCCUCGGUUUCAGAGGUAUGUCACCGAGCGCCCUCUUGCGCUAUGCUUCCAGUCUCAAGUUCGCGAUUGCCCCGUCAACGGACGACGGCAAAUUAUUGCCUACGCGCAGAACGUCGAACUGGUUCACCGUGCGGGUUGUGGAAUCAGGAGGCCUCAAACCGGAAGCCGACCCCCGGAUAUUCGAAGACUUCCUCAGGAUUGCGCCGUGCGUCGUUCCGCCCUGGGAUACCGACCUCCACCACGUCAAUGAAGAUGCAUUGACCCGAAUGAGUCGGUCACAGCUGUACGAUGACACAGCUGCCUUGGUCGGCCUGAUCGAGUACAACAUCCGGUUCUAUUCGUCGAAGCGGUUCUGCGGUGACGCUUUGAACGCAUUCUCCUGGCUGCAAGCCAUCGUUGACAGCAGCAAGAUGCAGCGCAUCGACGAGUUCUUCUCUUCGCGCGUUGAUCGACCUGGCGUCGUCCUCCCUACCCUCGACCUUGAUGAUUUGAAUUCCGCUGAACCCUUCGAAUCAUCCAUGCCGCAACUGUCCAGCGUUACCCUGGCCGAGCUGAUCGAUCUAAUCACCGUCUCGCGCGCCUUCACAUUCGGCAACUGGCUCUUCUACUCCGACGACAUCGAUGGCCCCCCAGUCCCUCCCCGCUCCUACGGCGACCAAGCCCUAGCUCCCUCCAUCAUCCGCUACGCCACAGCCACCCGGAACGCUGCUCUCUGCGACGCCGUCGUCCAAUCCCUCUCCCAACCUCUCUCCUCAAACACCCUCCGCGCACUCCUCAACUCCCGCAUCGCCCUACACCAAUGGGACGCAGUCACCAAACUCUUCGAAUACCUCCGCGACUACCGCGCCAAAUCCUGGGGCCAGAGCAACGCCACCGCGCUCGCCGCAGAGAUCAUCCGUCUCGAGCACACCAUCUACCGACAACAACCACCCCCAGACCCCUCAACCCUCCAAGAAACCACCACCUCCCUCACCCGCGCCAAGGACCUCCUCUCCCGCCUCCUCACGGGCGUCUACAACGAACCCACCCACAUCGCCACAUCCCGCUUCCAAGAACGCGCCAUCUCCGGCCUCCACAACAUCUUCCUCUCCAUCCCAGGCACCCUCCACGACCUCGCCGCCUCACUCUCCAACUCCCUCCCCCACAAAAAAACCACCACCACCACCAACAAUACCUCCCGCAACGCCAUCCCCUACAUCCCCACAACAGCCUUCCACACCCUCCUCUCCGCCAUCGUCGACACCCGCGGCAGCGCCGCCGGCCAACGCUUCUACGACAAAUGGUGUCUCGACACGAAGUCCCCCACCUCGCGCCGUCUCCAAGAAGGAGGCAUCGAGAGAUUCUAUCUCGGCAAGGAGCGGAACCCCGCGAAGGGCGAUCCGCACUUCGAUGCCAAGUACUUCAAGCGUGCGAGGGAGAAGGCCACGAUGCCAAACCCCAUGACGGUGAGGAUUAUCGCGCAGGCUGCUGUGGCGGAGUAUUAUGGCUUUGAAGGCCAGGGCGGUGUGAAGAGUAACCCUGCUGAAGAUAUUUUGGAUUUCUGUAUCAAGAGGUUCGAGGCCUUUGGGAUGCGGAGACGUGAGAUUAAUCGGGAGGUUGGGGGGAUUGUGUAUAGAAGACGGAGAGAGGGGAACAAGUUGAGGAGGGAGAAGGAGAGGAAGGAGAAGGAGAAGGAGAAGGUUGAUGCUGUGACUGUGGCUGUUUGAUUGAGCAUUUGGGUGGGGAGGGUGUUUAUACCAUGAUUGGUCUGUCUGUUGUGUGUGUGUCCUUUUGGGGGUUUAUGUAUUAUUUUGGUUUUGGGAGAUAUAUAUGCAUGGGUUGUUUAUAGAUG